AUGAAGGCGCGCGAGCGGUCAGCUUCCACGGCCGCGAGGCCCUCGAUUCUGGACCGCGAGGCGGCGGAGAUUCAGGUGAAGGAGAGGGACAUGGCAGCCAUCAAGGCGAAGAUCUCCUCCAUGGGCGAUGCCAAGCGACAGGCGAGUUCUGCGGAGGAGCAGCUAGGUGAAGUGCAGCAGGAGGUUUUGAACAUGCGCGACCGCCUUGCCCGCAUUGACGCGGACUUGCAUGAGACCGCCGAGCGCAAGCAGUCGAUCGAGGCGGAGAUCGGCAGGCUGCAGAAUGGCAUCGGCGAGUCCAAGGAGACCUUGCGCCUGCGCCAGCUCUCAGUGGCGGAGUUGCGCAGCAACCGGGAUGAGACUGAGCGCCAGCUCUCGCAGACUCUGGGCGAACGAGAGCAGUGGCGAGAGAGCGCCGGAAAGGCCCAGAAGGACUUCGACGCCCAAGCGCAGGCCGCAGCCUUUGAGCUGGACCAAUGGCGCUCCGAGGCGCAGGAGCUGGUCACUGCCCUUCAGCAGAUAGAAGAAGAGGAUCCAGCGGCUGUGCAGCCCCAGGAGGAUUUCAUGGACGGCCUGCAGAAGGAGCUGGAGGAGGCAAUGGCUUCCUUCACAGCCCUGCAGGCGCAGAGGCAGCAGGAGACUGCGGGAGUCUCCGCGGCUGAGCAACAACAGCGGGAGGCGGAGGUGCGCCUUGAGGAGGCCGAGCUCGCGGCCAACCGCCUGCGAUCGGAGCUGCAGGAGGAGGGAGCUGAAGCCAGGAACGCCACGGAGGCGGUGAAGCUUCAGCUGGCGGACCGGGCAUCCAAGGUGGCCCAGCUCGAGGGCUCCGUCGGGGAGAACCGCAACCAGCUGAAGACCAUCCAGCAGCAUGUGGACAGCCUGAUGCAGGACCUCAUGGACCGAACAACCAAGAGCUCGGAGGAGGAGGCAGCUCUGACGAACCUGGCGAGACAGCUGCACCAGGAGCAGGAGGUUUUGGACCGAAUUCAGCGGGAGAAGGAGAAGCUCGCGGAGGCGGCGAGCAAGGCCUUGCAGAAGAGCGAGGAUUGUUAUCGCCACAAGCAGCUGUUGCAAGACGACCAGCAGGAGAAGGGCUUGGCCCAGCAGUCCGACCUUUUGGCCCAGUCCUGCAAGAUCGCGAGCUCUGAGUUGGAAAGCACCCUAUCCGAGCUCGGCCAGCUGCACCAGGUCCGACAAAAGCUGGAUGCUGAAGUAGCAGAAGUGGACCUCGCCGCGACCGAGAUUGAACGCUCGCGGCAGGAGGCGAAGGUGCGGAUCGAGGAAAUGCAGACGGCGCUGGAGGCGAUCAGCUUGAAGAAGUCAACUCGAGCCGAGGCCGUGACCUCCCGGCUGCAGCGGGUGACAGUUCUGGAACAGGAGCUGAUGACUGCGAAGCAGGAGCUGCAAAGUGCCGCUGCUGCUGCCACCAAGCUCCGCGUGGCCUCGGCAAGGAAUGCUGCGGACAACGACACGAAGGAAGAAGCACUCCUUCAGCGCUUUGUGCAGUUGAAGGCAGAGCUUCAGUCGCAUCAGGAGUCGUCGCAGCAGCAGGAAGAGAAGCACAAGGCGUUGCUCGAGAAGCUGAAUGAGACCCAGCGACAGCGACCCAAGACUCGGGUGCAAGCUGAGCACGUGCGCGCCAAGCGUGCGGAACUGCAGAGGCUGGCGGUGGAGCUCCAGACAUCCUUGGCCGCUGCGCGCCGCACCUCGGAGCUGGAGGAGGCAAAGGCCAAGCAGUUGGAAGCACAGCUGUCGAAGCAGCGCAAGGAAUUGGAGGAACUGGCGGAGGAUGCGGCUCGGCAGGACCAGCUGUCCGUUGCCAUGAAGGAGGCGCUUAACGAGCAGCGGGCGCAACGGCAAAGCUGCCUGAAGGCGCAGACUUCUCAGUCAUCAUCCUCAACGGAUAGAGAGCUGAAGGCGCAGGAGCUGGUGAACGGGCUCAAGAAGCAGCGCGAGGAGCUGGCCGGGAAGCAGGAGGCCGUGGCUGCAGCGUGCUUGGUGGAGAAGGAGCGCCUGGCGGAGCUGCGGAAUGACUUCCAGGAGGUGCGCGCCAGCACCACGAAGAAGAUCGAGGCUGCGACAAAGGAACUCGCAGCUCAGGAGUGCGCAGCGUCUUUGGAAGAACGACUGCUGCAGAUCGACCGGGAGCUGAAGCUCACGAAGGACAGAGGAUCCUCCAGAGACAUGCAGGCCUUGAAGCUGCACCAGGCCGAGGCCGCCAACCUGCAGAAGCGCAUCGAGGAGAGCCAGCAACGAGAGCAGGAGGCGCAGCUGAAGUCGCCCAAAGGACAAGACUCAGAGGUCCAGGAGUCCGACGAGAAGAAGAGGCAGCUGCUCAAGGAGCUUCUGACGCACCGGGCGGCCUCGCUCCAGGAGGCUUCCAAGGAGAGUGCCGAGGCUGAGAAGAGCCUGCAGGCGCUGCUUCAAGAGCAGGGAAGCCUUCAGGAGGAGUAUCGUGGUGUGAUGGAAGAGAUGAAGAUCCAGGUGAGCAAGGGCAACGAGCACUACUCGAAGCUGCGGGACUUGGAGCAGGACAUUCAGACCUUCGAGGAUGAAUCCGAGCUCCUGACACUGGGGCUCCAUGAGGCGGAGAAUCGUAGCGGCUUCCUGCAAAAGGAGCACGAGCUCCUGCAGGCGGGUGUUCCGGAUGGUCGGCUGCAGCAAUGGGCCAAAGAGGUCCAGGGCUUCCGGGUCGCGGCUAAGCUGCAGACCUACGAGGAUGAGCUGCAGCACUGGCAGCAGGUGGCAGAGGGACAGGCAGACCCACCGCAUGCCCGGAGCCAUCAACAGGCCGCGGAGGAGCUGCUGGGGCAGAAGGCGGCCGCGCUGGAGGAGCAGCUCUCCGUGACGGAGCGGCGGCUCAGGGAGAUGGAGCAGCAAGAGCCGGAGGAGGUUCCUGGACACAUUCGUUCUGUGCCCUGCUCAUUGCACGGCGCGCUCUUCGGUCCGAACUUGUCUGGAAAGGAAGGCGGGCGGCGAGCUCUGGUGAUAGGCUGCAACUACACCAACUCCUUCGCCCCACUUCAAGGAAGCGCCAACGAUGCCUGGAACGUGCAAUGUCUUCUGCGGCAGACUUUGCAGUACUCUGAGAGCCAGGUGCGUUGCCUGGUGGACUUCUGGGGUGCCGCGGCGCCUCCAAAGCGUCGGCCCACGAGGGACAACAUCAUCUCAGAGCUGCAGUGGCUCACGGGCAAUGCCCGACCGGGUGACAACAUCUUCUUGUAUUUCAGCGGCUACGGAGCACAGCAGCCUUCGCACGUGGAGGGCCUCUACGAGGGCCACCUGGUUCCUGCUGACUACGCUGACAACCUUCCCGAGGAGGUGCUCCGGGAGCUGGCCAGCGCUGAGCUACCGCCAGACUGGGCCCAACGAGCCGCCGCCGGGUACCGCCUUGUCCCCAUGUCGCUGAUCACUUCGGCGCUUCAUGCACUCCCGUCGGGAUGCAAGGCCACCGUGGUGCUGGACUGCUGCCAGGCCUCGGUGCUGCCGCUGCUGAAGUCCGCGGACGUGCGGUCCGUGCUGGCGGGCCCUGGGCCUCCGCUCUUCCAGCGCUUGCGUGCCAACGCGUCGGGGGAGAAGAGCCGGCAGCGCUUGCUGAAUUUGCCACCCCUGCCUCACAGCUCUUCAAGGCCUUCGGCAUCGCCGUCUGGAAAUCGAUCCACUCCAAUGGGAUCACCGUCCAUGCAGGCGCGGCAGCCCGGAGAAGCGCAGGCCGCCUACCAUGGCCCCUGCUGCAAGUGCUACUGCUUCGCGACCUGCCAAAAUGACCAGGUGUGCUGCGAGCUGCCCAUUGAAGGGACCGUCCAGGGUGCAGGCACCUGGGCCUUUGUGAAGGCUGUGGCAGCUUGUCAUUUCAGCACAUCGCUGACUCAGCACAGCAAGGCCAUGGACAGCAUCCUGCAGAACUUGCGCAGGAAGUACAGGUGGAUCCAGCAAACCCCGGUGAUCCAGCUUUCUGCAGCAGCUAAUGUCGAGGACGCUCUGAUUCUCCCGUAG